UCCCCAGCGGGGGAGCGGCGCGGUACCCGGAUGGGGAUCGCAGGCCGUUUCGCGCCAAUACACUGAGUUCCCCCAACGGCCCGCGAGGGAAACGGCCGGUUCCUGCCCCGUGCCUGCCAGCCGCCCACCUCAGCUGCUGGCCCAGCUGCGCCAACACUGCCCGAGCGCCUCGCCGGAGCUCCGGCCUCGCUGCCGCUGCCGCCGCCGCCCUCCAAGCCACGCCCGAGAUGCAGCCCGAGUCGGCGCAGGCCCUCCUGCACGUGGCCGUGACCACCUGCCUCUGCGCGGCCGCUACCCACACAGGCGCCUUCGCGGGGGCCUUCGUGCAGGUGGGCUACGAGCAUUACGCCGAGGCCCCAGUGGCCGGCCUCCCCGGCUGCCUGGCCAUGCCCUUCAACUCGCUCGUUAACCUGGCCUAUGUGCUCCUGGGCCUGCACUGGCUCCGGAGGCGUGCCGGCGGCCCGAGGCUGCGCUACCUGAAGGACGCCUUCGCCAGCAUGGCCCUGCUCUAUGGCCCGGUGCAGUGGCUGCGCAUCAGCACGCAGGCGCGCCCCGCUGCCCUCCUGGACCAGUGGGUCACCUUGCCCAUCUUCGCAUGGCCGGUCGUCUGGGGCCUCUACCUGGACUGGGGCUGGAGGCCCCGCUUGUUCCUCGCCGUCGAGGGCCUCGCCCUGAGCAGCUACGGCCUGGCCCUGCUGCACCCCUGUGGGUUCGAGGUGGCGCUGGGCGCACACAUCGCCGCCGCCCUGGGCCAGGCCCUUCGUGCCCACAGGCGCCAUGGCAGCGCCUCCUCGGGCACCUACCUGGCUCUGGCCAUGCUCUGCUGCCUGGGCUUCGUGGGCCUCAAGCUGUACGACCACGAGCUUGCUCAGUGGUAUCUCUUCCGGAGGCUCACGGGCCACUUCUGGUCCAAAGUCUGUGACGUGCUCCAGUUCCACUUUGCAUUCUUGUUUCUGAUGAGUCUAAACCCGCCCCCGAACCCCUCUCCUGCGGGAAAGGUGCAGUAGAGGGCGUGGCAGCAGCGGCGGGAGCCGGCCCCCACCGUGGCCCAGGGCUGGGGCACACGCUCUUCCGUCCGACCUUGCGGGCUCCGUAGCCCACUCAGAGCCCGGGUUGAGCGGCGGGGCACGGGGCUUUCUGUAAUUUGACAUUUCUCAAAGUGCCGGACGCGACCUCAGAAGGCACUGCCGUCACUGUGGACACAGUGGCUCGCAGCAGCAGCCCGAGGAAGCUGGUGUGGCGGCCGUGGCUGGGGCGGCGGCAUUGCCGCGGGGCCAAGGUGCAGGGGGAUAGUCACCACGUGGGUGCCUUGUGCAGGGGACAGAUAUCAGCUGGCUGCCAUGUCCUCAGGGGCAGGGGCUCAGAUGCCAUGUGUCUGUCGCCUGGGUCCUUAGGAGCCAUGGCCCUGCCGUUGUCACACACACGGCAGGGUUUAACCAGCGGGGUGACGCCAGGCCUGAGGAAACGGGUCACCCCUUCAGGGUGCUCUUACCACCUGGCGCCUGAGAGGCUUCUGGCCUUUAAAAACAAAUGUGACGGCCCUCCCUGGGGGCACCGCGGGUCA